UUUAUUUAUUUAUAUACUAGUAACAAUUCGCACACCGCCGCUCACUCUACCACAGCAGCUACUCCUCUCCACCUCCCCUCCCCAUCCCUCGCGUCGGCAUUCCGCCCGCCUCCCGGCGAAUCCGUCGCGGCGCGCUAGCUGAAGCCCAGGCCCACGGCCAUGUCCGUCCCAGGCGUCGCCUUCCGCGCCGACGACCGCUUCUACUGCCCGCCGCCGCGCCGCCACCUGCUUAGCCGCCGUCAGCCGGCGGCGGUUGAGUGGAAGCCGAGGAGGGCGGCGAAGGAGGAGGAGGGGUUGGAGACCAACCUCGGCAGCUUCAUCGCGUCCACCGCCGUCCGCGUGCCCGCGCGCCGGCUUCCCCGGGCGGCGAGCUCGCGGGGGAGGGGCGGAGCGGCGGCCGGGGCGCCGUACUUCGAGCUCGCGGAUCUGUGGGAGGCGUUCGCGGAGUGGAGCGCGUAUGGCGCCGGUGUGCCGCUCCUGCUCGAUGGGACGGACGGCGUCGUGCAGUACUACGUCCCCUCCCUGUCGGCCAUCCAGCUGUAUGCAGCCCCGCCGCCGCCGCCGCCGCCGUCAAGCACACGACGACUUGGUGAAGAUAGUGAUGGUGACAGUGCUCACGAUAUAAGCAGUGAAAGCGACAAUGAGCAAAUAAGUGGCCGAUGUUUAGUUAACAGUAUUUCUGUAGAUCAAGAUGGUUUCUCCAGUGAUGAUAGUGAGUCUGGCAACCAGGAAUUGUACCCUGUUUUUCAAUAUAUGGAGCAUAAUGCACCAUAUGGAAGACAACCAUUAGCAGACAUGAUAUCUUUGCUUGCUAAUAGGUUUCCUGAUUUGAGGACAUACAGGAGUUGUGAUCUUCUACCAUCCAGUUGGAUUUCUGUAGCCUGGUAUCCCAUAUACAGGAUACCAACAGGACCAACAUUACAAGAUUCUGAUGCUUGCUUUUUAACAUUCCAUUCACUAUCUACACUACAUGAAGGUACACUAAGUCGGCAUCCUGAGAGAAAUGUUUUUCAUAAUAGCAAAUUUUAUGAUAUUCCUGGGAAGGUCACGCUGCCUCUUAUUGGUCUAGCGUCACACAAGUUUAAUGGUUCCAUGUGGAAGUCAAAUCAAGAGCAUGAGCAACAGUUAACUAACUCACUUCUGAAAGCUGCAGAUGACUGGCUUUGCCAGCGGCGGGUAGAUCAUCCCGAUUAUCGCUUCUUCCUUUCACACUAGAACACAUGUUUGUGAAAGUUCCCUGUGUUUUGGCGAAUAGCUCAGCCAGAUGCCCGCUAAUUAAGUGAUGACUUGACAUACAACCAUUGAGUCCACGGGCACUAAUAUCAUUAUCUCUCUUUUUCUUUUUUAAGAAAAUAGUAGAACGGGGCUUCAUUUAUGUUAUAUAGCCCCACAUUUGUUUUCACCUAGGUCUGCUUAGUUCACCAAUAUUUUGAGUUACUUCAUAGUAACUAGUUAGAUAGUCACCGAAAUUAUGCAGCAUAUCGUAGAUGCUUUUGAGUGGAUGGUAUGUGGCAAAGCUAGGUAGGCAGUGAUUGGUUAAUAUGAUGUAUACCGGUCUGCUUCAGAUAUAGCGAUGAUGACGAUAAAAUAUCUUUUUCAACAUUUUGAUUUAAGUGGGGCACAUGUUUGCUCUUUGGUGCUUGCAUGGGUUUGAGUAUGUAACUUAUAAUUGAUAUUUGGCAUGUGAGAAUAAAAUGAUAUAUGGUUGAAGCAUUACAUAU